AGACCCCCCUUUCUUGUGACAAUUUUGCCCCUUACGGCUGCUAUAGGUGAAGGGGAAGGCGCCGUUUCCAUUGAUCGACAGAAAGCCAGCAAAUAUACACCGUUGACUGCCGUCGGUACCAGUGGCGUGAGAGAGAUGAAGGAAUACGUGGGCAUGGUGGGAGCACAGAUCGCCCAAGUGCUACUGAUUAUAGUAAGCAAGUACGCCAUAGCAGAUGGCAUGUCCAACUACUCCUUCAUUUUCUACUCCAAUGCCCUCGCUUCACUCAUCCUUCUUCCCCUUUCUCUCAUCUUCCACAGAUCGGCCAAUCGCCCUCCACUUACCUUCAUCGUCGUCUGUGGAUUUUUCACUAUUGGCCUACUAGGUUUCUUCGCACAGGUAUUUGGCUAUUCUGGUAUCUCGUUAUCCUCUGCUACUCUUGCCACAACCUUACUCAACCUCAUCCCAGGUUUUACAUUCAUACUCGCCAUCUUAUUCAGGAUGGAAACAGUUGACUUAAGCAUAACCACACAGGCAAAGUUCAUCGGCACUGUAGUGUCAAUUGCAGGAGCUAUCAUCAUGACUCUUUACAAAGGCCCCACAAUUCUAUCAUCUCUCUUAAAAUCAGAAAUCUCUCAGAAUCUUCUUGUGCAACCAUCAAAUUGGGUACUCGGAGGCAUCUUUCUAGCAAUUGACUGCGUCUUUGGUUCAAUGUAUAUGAUUGCACAGGCAUUUAUCCUUAAGAAAUACCCUGCAGAGAUGAUUGUAAUGUUCUCAUACUGUUUUGUCUGCACCAUUUUAGCAGCUCUAGCUUCUUCCAUUGUGGAAGCUGACCUGAGUUCUUUUAGUUUAAAACCUAAAAUAAGGCUGAUGUCUAUCCUCUACUCAGGGAUUUUUGGGUCUGCUUUUCAAGUCACAGUUCAAUCAUGGUGCAUAAAAAGGAGAGGUCCAGUUUUUGUUGCUAUGUUUCAUCCAAUAGGAAUUGUGAUCGCAACUUUCAUUGGUGUCAUUUUCUUAGGUGAUGGUGUCUAUCUUGGAAGUUUGUUGGGAUCAGUUAUUGUUGUUAUUGGGUUUUAUUCUGUGAUGUGGGGAAAAGCUAAGGAAAAGAGUACGGUGGUUAACAAUGGAGGGAGCUCAAAGUUGCAGAAUGAAGAGGCACCUCUCUUGCAAGAUGUUGUUGAGGAGCAUAUCACAUAAAACAAACCUUUUUUAAAGUUUAUUCUCUUGGAAAAAAAAAGGUAUAUUCUUCAUGUAAAGCCACAGAGAAAACAUUGUAAUUUCAUUUAUUUGUGUAUUAUAGCAUUCUACUUUCAUUUCUUUUUA